AUGUCAGCUCUAUCAUUGCUGGCCCAGGAGAUCCAGAAGCUCAAUAACAAUAUCUCCAAUUUAUCUCCAAUUCUCUCUUCGUCAGUUGCUGCCGAACCAAGGGGCACUGUUUCACCGAUAUCGGCAAACAGCAGCCAUCGCGAUCAUACCAGAAAGCGGCAGAGACACAGUGACGAGGACUCUGACCCUGUCGUAUCGGAGAUCAAUUUACCUAUCGUCACUGAACAUACGGACCAUUCCGCAGUUUUUCUUACCGGGCACAACCUCGAGAUGCUCGUGGAUGCAUUCUUCAAAAAUGUGCAUCCAUGGGUACCGAACAUCCACCAAGCUUCAUUCAGGCGCAAGAUUCUCAUGCCGGAGGGAUUAAACGAUCAUCAGUUGCUCCUGCACGCAAUGCUAGUAAGCGCUCUACGUUUCAUCAGGCCAUCCACACAACACUGUGCUAGUGAUUGCACCAACCGGGCUAUUGAACAAUCAAGGAAGAAAGUCGUGCUGGCAUCAAUGAGUGGCCUCUCAGUGGAAAAGCUUCAGGCCUUGACUAUCAUCGCGUUCAUUCACGUUGGGGAUGGCGAGCCUUUGAAAGCGUGGCCCCUCGUGGCAUCUCUCACCAGAACCGUGGAGUUUCUUCAACUGAGUGUCGAGGUGGCAGAGAAAGAGCGUCACAACGCAUUCUUAAGACCUCCAGCUUUACCUGCUCCGUCUGACUGGCUAGAAGAGGAGGAGCGCCGAAGGGUGUUUUGGAACAUCUUUAUCCUAGAUCGAAUCUGUUCUGUCACGACUGGCUGGAACAUUGGCCUUACAGCCGACAACGUCUCCCGUCGGCUGCCAAUAAAUGGCAGCAACUGGACGGACGAAAUCCCAGCCGCAGCACCGUUGUUUGGAAUGUGGGACAAGUCAGCUGCCAAAAUUGGAAACUCGGUGGCCUUCCUACCGACCCAUUAUUCCAGUCCGGGGCAAAGUUCAGAUGCGAGCAGGUCGCAAUAUGAACCCACCUCCUUUAGGAACCAACAACUUCAGCCUCAAGCUACCCAAAUGGACGUAUCAACAAUUGGCGCGUUCGCGUAUUUCGUCGAGUCUCUAGAGUCGCUUUGUCGCAUUAACGUUUACUUUUUGCAGCAGAAAAUCGACUUCAACAAUCGCCAGGAAGUUUCAAACUGGCUCACACGGUUCAAGGAACUUGAUCUGCGCCUGGUGCAUUGGAAAAUGUUUUUGCCGGCAAAAUGGAAAGAUCCCAACGUUCCUCGAGAGCAUUCAACUACGGCACUCGAUCCAAAUAUGACAUUGGCCCAUAUCACACAUAAUACCUCCAUGAUUCUGCUUCACCAACGUAUUGCAUAUCCUGAACCACGGCUGAGAAGCCUUAAGUUACCUAAUUUCCAUGGGGCAGAGACCUGUCAAUCGGCAGCUAUUGAGACUACAUUCAGUGCUGUGAAGUACCUCGAACUUGCGCCACCGCAUAUGCCUCUUUCUCCUCACUUCUCUUUCUGUGUAUAUGUCAGUGCUCGAGUGCUCCUUGUACACUCUCGAUUCUACGGAUUUGACCUUGACCCACAGUUCUGGACGUUGGUUGAGUGUCUUCGAGAAAUGUCCCGGCGAUGGACGGGGCCCUGGACACAUGGCCCAGCUCUUUCACUCUCCACUCAGUUUGCGACACGCCUUCAACAUCUCUAUGAGCGGUGUGUCGGCGAUCCAAAAUUCCCCGUGGGUGUUGUGGGCUCUAUCAACGAAAGGGACUCGGCAACAUCCAAUAGCCCGGCGGACGCCUCCGAGGCAUCAAUCAGGAGUUCUGCCGGAGUGCACGAACUUAGCCUACACCAGCCUGCUGCAUCACCCAAACAAUUUACAGCGCCAUCUGAGCCAGAACACACGUUUGUGCGUUUUGCAAAUGGUGCUUCAGUAGCCUCAAGCGUGGCGCCUCCUGUGAACAGUAUGAUAGCAAAUUGGCAAUCGCCCCCGAGCAUGUCCGAGACCUGGGUGACCAGCGGUUCGAAAGGACCGGAUGAGUUGGCGAAUAUCCUGUCCACCUUGACAGACCAGCGCUUCAUGGAUAUGGAUCGGGUGAUCACAUUUAAUGACUGCAACUUCGAGCCUCUGCCGGGUGCAUUGCCAGACAUGCGCUAA